UUCUCUUGCUCUCUCCCUUUUUUCUGUCUUUUCACCAAUCCACCAAUACCUCCCCAUACCUCCAUCUCUUUCUGUUUUCCCCUCCAGGACAGGAAAAGGAGCAGUAGCUGGGAGCACCAGCGGACAACACUGACCAGAAUAACAGGAAGAGGAAGUGGGCAGUGACCUGUGUGAGAGAGGACUGCGGUCAGACAGCUGUGGUUCACCAUUUUUGGGUCUUGGAUGAGAAAACCACAUCAGAAGGGAGAGAGGAAAAAAGAACAAGAGAGACUCGAAACCUGUUGGAUUCACACCUGCGGAAAAACCUCGACAACCUGAGAAGAGAAAGAGGGUGACAAAGACAUUUUGGGGUAAAAACUCCACUGUUGGAGUAGCUGGAGUUUUUACUUUUUUGAUAAAAAUCUUACUAACUAAGAGACUACUGCAAUGGCCACUUGAGUAAAAACUGAUAAUUAUCUGAUGAGUGGGGGUUUUUUUAUAUUUGAUUCUCAGUUUUUCUUUGGAAAUCCAUCUAUGGGAUACAACUUAAGAGGCAUCAACCCAUUUUUCAUCAUCACAGACUUUCUUAUCUCUCUGGCAGUCCAGGAAGGGAUUUGUACAGAAGCCUAGUAAAAAUCUAACAAAGAGAGAAAUCCCUGCUUGUACACCUGCUGCUCUCAUUCUACAUCAGGGGGGAAAAAAGGAGUACGAGAGAGGAAAAGAAGUAGUCGUAUCAGUAGGUGGUUUUUGCCUCUGUUGAGCUCAUGACCACCCACCAACCACUGAAUUCUACCUGCGAAAUUAAUAAAGCAUAACUCCAGUCUGGGCAAGUGAACACCUUGAAGGAUUUGGGCUUCAUUUUAUACCUCGACAAAGAUCUGAACAGCAGUUCUGCCUGGCUUCGACUUCAGUUUGACUGAUGAUGGCUUGGCUCCAGCUGUGGACCACAGGACUUAUGGCCACUAUGGCCUUGACUGUCAUCACUGCUCAAGACUCUGGACUUCCUGGGGUAGAAAGAGAGAAUCUCGGCCCAGCUGACAUUGUCAAGAAGGAAUCCCAUCCCGUGCUGUUCAGGCAAAAAAGAGACUGGAUCUGGAACUCUCUCUAUGUAGAAGAGGAGAAGCCUGUUGUGACUCGGACCAAGAUAGGACGGCUCAAGUCAGACAAGAGUGUGCCAGGUGGGCGUUUUAAAAUAGAUGGUGAGGGAGCAAACGGCAUCUUCACCGUGGAUAAUAACGGAGACCUGUUUGUCACCACGUCUCUGGACAGAGAAAAGAAGAAUGCUUACCAUUUGACUGCUAUGAUGUUAGAUGCGUAUGGCAACCCAAUAGAAAAACCUGGAGAAUUUGUUGUCCAGGUGACAGAUAUCAAUGACAACACCCCUGUUUUCCCCCAAUCAUACAAUGGAACCAUUGAGGAGAGGUCUAGAAUAGGAGAAAAUGUGGUCAAGGUGACAGCUACUGAUGCAGAUGACCCCACCACUGCUAAUGCAGAACUCAGGUACUCUUUGACCAAAGAGGGAGACAUUUCAGCCUUUGAAAUCGACAGCAUCACAGGCAUGAUCAGCUGCAAGAUAAACACUUUGGACCGGGAAACCAGGGAGGAGUAUGUGGUGGUGGUUAAAGCUCAGGACAUGAGAGGAUUGGCCUCUGGCAGCACAGCCACCACCUCGGUCACUAUUAAGAUAACUGACAUCAAUGACAACAUUGCUUCUUUUACCAGAACGAAAUAUGAUCUGAACGUUCCAGAAAACCACAAGGUGGAUGAAACGAUUGGGAUGCUGGAAUUGGUGGAUAAAGAUGAGAUUCAGAACAAGCAGCCCAUAUUUACCAUUCACAAUCUUAAUAGCAACAUAUUCAAUAUUGAACCCAACCAUAACAAGGAUGGAAACCUCGUGCUCAAAGAGGCUCUGGACUUUGAGAAGACAAACAGCUAUUCUUUCACUGUCCGGAUGAAAGAAAAUGUCCGAACUCCCGCUGACAACACAAACACUGCAGUCACCAGUGCACAGGUCAACAUCAACGUGUUAGAUGUAGAUGAGCCACCGAUCUUCUCUGAGGACAUGUACAACUUUAACGUGAAGGAAGAAAUGCAUGUGAACAACAUAGGAUUCAUCAAAGCCAGAGAUCCUGACAGAGCCAACAAGACCAUACAGUUCUCCAUCAUGCAGCCGGACUGUCCUAUCGGUAUCAACCGACUCACAGGUCAACUGUACACUCUGAGAAAUCUGGACAGAGAGGAUAAGCCCACACACAUGUUUCAAGUUAAGGCGCAAGAGGAGCCAAGUGGUUUAGACUCAGUUGUAAAAGUUAACAUUAAUGUUCAGGAUGUGAAUGACAAUGAACCUGAACUCAGAGCUGACGACAUCUAUAUAUGUGAGAACGACGAGUCUAAUACGAUAAUUGGAACCUUGACUGCUACAGAUAAAGAUGAUCAGCCAGUUGCCUUCACUUUCAGUCUGGCGAGUGAGAAUUCCAACUUCUCCAUCAGAAACUAUGGCAAUGGCACAGCAGCUCUCAUUGUGAAACAGGGCCCAUUCAGCCUGGAUGACCCCAACAAUUACAAGGUGGAUAUAAGGGUCAGUGACGGAGGACAUCCCUCCAAGAGCAGCGUCUCCACAGUAUCAAUCCUGAUAUGCCGGUGUGAUCCCAACCGGAAUCAUACUUAUUGCAAACCUGAGGCUCGGAGGAUGGGAGUCAGUGUUCAUGCCCUGACAGCCAUUUUGCUUUGCAUACUGACAAUUCUGGUCAUAGUGAUCCUGUUCGUGUUGAGGAAACGCUACCAGAAGGAUUCUCUGGCCAAUAUGAAAAACAGCGGAGAGAUUCAUGAGCAGCUGGUCACAUACGAUGAGGAGGGAGGAGGAGAGAUGGACACUAAUGGUUAUGACGUCUCAAUCCUCACUUCCGCUUGCCAUGACGGUUCCCUGCUUCGCCACCAAGAUCACCGCCCCCACCCCUCACUCUACGCCAUGGUCCAGAAACCCCCCCACCACACUCAGCCCACCGCAUGUAAGGGCGACAUGGCAGCGAUGAUUGAGGUAAAGAAAGACGAAGCUGAUCACGACCGAGAUGGAUUCCCCUAUGACACGCUCCACAUCUACGGCUACGAGGGACCCGAGUCUUUAGCCGGAAGUCUUAGCUCUCUGGGAAGUUCCUCUACUGGUUCGAACUUGGAUUAUGACUUUCUCAACGAUUGGGGCCCGAGGUUCAGGACCCUGGCAGAGCUCUAUGGUGUAGAUGGCCCAGAUUACUACCAUCAGUACUGAUACCACAUACCACCACAUAAUGACAAAUCAUACACAUACACAACAAACAUACAGCUUGAUACAGUAAUCAGAAAGAGCCAUAGCAAUACACUCACAUACUGACCAGAAGCAUGCAGGAAGUAUACACAUUCACACAGAAACAGACCUACAGUAGAUAACCGUGUUCUUGAGAGACUUCUCCAGCUCCUCAAAACAGAAUCAGGGAGCUCCUUUUUAUCCAGUAACAAUGACUAACUUCUGUUAUGAUGUGUAAUUCAGUGAAUCCAUUAGUGUGUUGUGCCUCCGUCUGUUCACUCCCAGUCAAAAGAAAAGAAAAGAAAAGAAAAAGCUUCAUCAAAAUCCUGGAAGCUCCAUGAAGUUGAGUCAAGGAGGCUCUUCUUUUUUCCUGUUUCCAGUGAAAUAUUGGAAAGAUUUUUAAAGGAACAGAACACCAGGACAUCUUUGAUAGAAAUAAUAGAAAUAGUGGCUUCAUACAUUUGCAAGAGGACUGAUUAUUUGGUGACAAUACGAGAUCCACACCAUGAGGAUUUUCCUUUACAGCAGUGUUGUGAGUUUUACACCAUAACCCUUUUUUUCUGAAAAAGGUCUAAGCAGGAGAAGCCAGUUGGAUUGGGUAUGGAUAAUCCAGUCCCUUUCAGUGAUGUUACUCAAGUACUUAAUUUCUUUUGCAUUUAAUAAUUUUGCAGCAGCAUUUUGUAAUAUGAUUUUUCCCCCUGUGGUGACUUUGGCAAAAAACACAGACUAUUGAAGAUGAGAAGUUUAUAACGAUUCAUUUUGUAUUCCCUAAAAUAAGCAUUAACCUUCCCCAUCAUAUUGGCCUGUUAAUGUAUGAUUAACUGAAUUCCUAUAUUUAAAUCCUUAUAUCCUGUUUUACAUUAAAAUGUAUUGCUAAUAUAAUAUUGCAGACUCUGAAGAUUAGUUCAUUUUGCUACAAAGAGAAUUAAAGGAAUCGUAAUAAUUCAAUCCAACAGGGGCUGCAAAAUGCUGCGUGUGAAAACAACUCACUGCUGAUCUUUUUUUUCCUCUUCGUUCUUUUUUUCUGUCUCUUUUGGUAUACGGCGUGUGAUCUCUUCUAACUUUGAUGUAUGUGGUUUUUUUUUAUAAAUUUGACAAAAGGGACACAAACAUGGGGAGAACGAGGUGAUUUUAUUUUUGAUCUGUAGUUGAUGAUUUGAUUUGUAAAUAUGAUUGCUUGAGGGGGUUACUGUACUGGGAAACUCUGAGCAGCCACACGAGUUUAAGCUCAAAGGGGUUUGAAGUGUUUGAUCACAGCAAGAUGCCAGUUCUGUUUUCUUCAUCUGAAAUACUAGAAGAGACCGUCUCUGAGGAAAGUUCAGCUCUGUAAAGUCUGCUUUGUUCAUCAGAGCGUUAAGUCCGGUGGGUUAUUUUGUGACACGCCCAUUGAGUUCGUGAUUUUUCUGAGGUCCAGACAUGACAUCAGGUGUCUGAACAGUAGUCAACAGAAUUCAAAAGAAGCAUCAGAAGUCCCUGAUUUUUUUGCUGUUUUUUAAGGUGAAAACCUUAAAAAACCUUUCCCACUUUGUGUUCCUAAAACCAACCCUCUGAUAUGAAUAAGGUCAUUUUCCGAGUAAGUCAUUUUGCCCAUUUUCUCAGUUAUCUUCUGCUCUGAAAAGAGAAAAGACAAUCGACAGACGGACAGAAAGGAAAUGACACUACUGCUUCUCAGACAGAAUUACAGCAUGUUCCGAGGGUUUAUUUGACAGAACCCAUCAUCACAGUUAUUGUUGAGAUGAAAGCCUAAUUCUCAGAGGCCUACUGGAACAAAAGUAAUUCAGACAACUCAGGAAGCACAGAGCUGGAAAAGCAGCUAGUUGGGCAGCCACAAUGACUCUGAGGUGGCUUGAAUAACUUUAACCUCUAAACCUUCUUGGCUGCUAUCAGAUCAUAAAACUUGAGAUGAAAAACACCACAAACUUUUUGAUAGUCUAGAUGGUUAGUUAAUAUAGCUACUAAAAGUUAGGUAAUAGUUUCUCCUAAUAGUUGUGUAGGAUUAUUUCUACCUUGAAUUUUAGGAUUAGAUAGUAAGGAUAUUCUACUUAGCAACAGAUACGGCACUCCUUGGCGUCAAAUUGAAGUUUUGUCUAUAAAAUGUCAGUAAAUAUGAGAAAUACCCACGGGAGUUUCUUAAAGACCAAAGUAGCUCCUUUUUUCCUUUCCAGAUAUGCUGGAUAUUUGGUCUGCCCCAUCUCUUAAGUAAUCAGGAACAACCAAUAGCAAGGCCGCACUCGGUAGCAUUUAAACAAUAAUCACAGAUCUUUUAGAUUAUUGCACGAAUGGAUGCCCAGGAAAUAAACCAUUGUUUCUGCAUUCAUUCAUAAAGCACCACGAAGGUAAAAGGUCACCAUUGUCUGUGAUUACUGUGACAUCUGUGAAUCUAGUACCACCCUACUGAACACACACACAGCCUAGUGUGUUUCUUUUUUCUUUUUUAAAAAAGUAAUUUCAUUUCAGUUUAUUUAACCUGCUAUUCAGUCCCAGGAAUUGGAGUUGAACUUGUUCCCUUAAAACUCAGUCCUGCUUGGAAUGCCUUUUGAUAAACAGUGAGACAAUAGCUGGAAGUCCUCUCAACGCCUUCCUGUUGGGGUUUAAAUAUAUAUAUAUAUACACUUAGCCAGUUCCUUCUCCUCAAUCUCAGCUUUGCUCUCCUUGUUUGCCUCACCAUAUCUCCUCGGCGCUUUCUUUUUCUCCGCCGUCUAAUCAGUGAGACCAAACAGUGGACUCAACUUCCUGUCCAUCUGGGAGGUUGUGCCCGCCUCUUCCUGUCUGUGUUAUCUUUCUCCUGGGCCAACACAUUGUGCUCACUUCCUGCAAGUCCAGCCUUAGAAAUGGGCUUGAAGAGGAAGAGGGAGCGAGGCAAGGAGAGGCAUGGGAUGAGGUUGGGGGUUGAGAAGAAAGAAAGACGAAAAGAACAAUGCAGAGCAAUAAUUAGUUUUCCAGCUGAACAGAAACACCUCAGAGCAAAGAUGUGUUUUUUUGACCUGUACAAUUUGCCAUCCUCAUGAAAGAAGGCUGAUCCCACCAGUAAAUAUUAAGUUUAUUUAAAAAGCAAAACAAAACACAGUCUCAGUUUUGUGGCUUCAAAAUGGCAGGAAUGGAAUCUUAAUUACUCUUACCUUCAGUUUAUUUCUCCUCAUUGUUUUUAGGCAUUGCACUCAUGAUCUUGGUCAAAAGCAACCCACUGUUUUUGUAAGUGUAAAAAAAAAACCCCUUCAAAGAUCUCUUAAAAAUUCUGGCACAACAAGCACCACUGCAAAAAAACCACAUUUCUAGAAUCUCAGAAUCUUAGCUAGUUUUAUAAUCCAUGUCCUCGCUCGGCGAACAAACAAUGGCUCAUUUUUCUGUCUGACAUCUUUGUUUGGGUCAAAGAAUGGAAACAAACCUUGUAAACUUUGGUUCAAUUUUGCUUCAUUGUGCAGUGAAAGAAAAACUUUUUGUCCUGUUAUUUCAAGCUAUUUCGUGGCUCUAAAAGUAACAGCAAUUUUUUUUAUGUGUGCGUGUGUGUGUGUGUGUGUGUGUGUGUGUGUGUGUGUGUGUGUGUGUGUGUGUGUGUGUGUGUGUCUUCACCAUUAUUGUAAUCAUGGCUGUUAUUUAAAAGGUCUGCCCGUGAAAAAGAAAAACUUCAUUGUUAAAAACCAGCAGGCUGUAGCAGACACAGGUGCUCCAUUAUCUACUUUCCUAAAAGCAACAAGUGCUGGCUGUACUUAGGUGAGAAAAGCUGGCACAUUAUUCGAGGCAGAUGGAUACAUUCGCUAGCAAUUUUGGCCAGCAGUAUUUUCAACGUCUUUAGCUCGUUCCAAAACGAUAUAAAAAUGUAGCACAUACAUUUUUAUGACAAAAAUCCAUUAAUAAAAUACAUCAAUCAUUAAACACUUCCAAAACACAGACCAUAUAGUCAGACAUGGCGUAAUAUUUUCCAGAGCGUGUCAUAUUUAUUUUUUCUUUGUGUGCUGCCAGGACCAAGACUUGGACAUAUUGGUUUAGACUAACAUGUUUCUUCCAGUCCAUCAUGCCCAGCAUGCUUUCAUUUUUAGGAAUUUUUCUUGAGCUCUUUACACGCUUCUCCACACUUAUUCAUCAGAUUUUGCAACUUCCAACAUUUUUCAAGCAUUACAAUAACACGCUACGGGACAAUGACAGCCAUACGAGUGCCAUAAUUAAUUUGAUAUGUUGGUUAUCAGUGGUUGUGGGAGGACAUUUACCUCCCCAGUUGAAGGAGUCACCUUGGAUUUAAACAGUGAAAAUUAAACCUCUCAGGGUGGGAUCCCAACACAAAAAAGUUAGUCACCUAAACGUGAAGAAACAAAAAUAUGUAGUGUUCUGGUUUAAAGACAACAUUUAAGUGUUUUUCUUCUGUUUCUGUCUAAUGUUUCAACAAGGGAUUUUAUUUUGAAAUGUAUAUAGAAAAAAUGUGCCUAAUAGGGAUCUUUCUCUGGCCUCACCUUGUUUAUUUUUUUCUUAUUGUUGCUAUUAUUUUUGCCUAAAUAACUGUAUUUAAAGGAUUUUAAACUUGACACUCUCUUUUUUAAUUGCUGUAUAAAGGAAAACUAGAUUCAGUUUCAGCACAUGAAAGAAAAUAGUGUUUGAUGCAUGAAUGAGUCGAGUGAAUAUGUAACUUUCUGCUUGUGUGUCCACUUUUGUGUGUGUGUGCAAGGGUGCUUGUGAUUGUACCAUGACUGUACCCAUGUAGAUAUACACACAAACCAGUAUCAGACCAGUUAAAAAAACAAAAAAGGAAAAGAAACCACAUUUCUCUUGUGUGAAAACAUUAAGGUCUGCAAGGGAGCGACAUGUGCCUUUACUCUUUAAAAAAAAAAAACAUGUAAAGAAAAAGAAAAAAUGCUUUUUUUUUGAUGGUGAACACGAUGUUUUCUAUAGUGUUUUAUGGUGUACAGCAACUACUUUUUAUUACAUGAAAUUUUGUAAGUGUAGAAGAAUAAAAAUCCACUCAAAUA